AUGGGUUCCAUUCAGCAACAUGAGAUUGCAACGCUCAACAGUUUAGCGGCCCAAAUCAGCGAGCUGGCUGCUAAGAUGACGAAGCAGCUGGAGGCUGAAAAUGUGACACCAGUCACUCUUGAGGCCGACAGUCCGAUCAAGUACGAGAAACUCCCGGGAGAUGUUUUCAUGACCCGACAACUGCUUGAGGACGCGUUGAAGGACAUGUGGAUUCUAAGCCAAGGGCCGAGUGAGAGCGUGUUUAACUACGUACACAUGGCCAUCCCAGACACGGCAUGCUUGAACGUCCUCAACCAGUUUGACUUUUGGGGUGCGGUGCCAGUCGAUGGCGAAGCGACAUUUGAGGAUAUAGCAAGGCAUACCAAGCUCCCUCUUGAGGUGGUGAGUCGUGUCAUCGACCAUGCCGUCACGAUGCGCUUCUUCCACAAACCUUCGCCCACAUCGAUCUCAGUCAAACAUAGCUCACGAUCUGCUGCACUGGCCAAAGACUCUGGCUUGUCUGCACUCGUGCAGAUGGUGUUGGAUGAAACGGGUCCCCCAAUGUUCUUGCUUCCAGAAGCUUUGCGACGCUUCUCGCAGGGAAAACCUGAGAUAAGCAAGGACAUAAAAGAGACUGCUUUUAGGCUGUGUCACUCUGGCGGUGAAGCGUGGGGCAACUAUGAGACCAGUUGGGAGUUUAUCGAAAACGAUGGCGAGGGUGAGAAGAAGGGCUGGCGACAGAGGAACUUCGUCAAGUUCAUGGCCUAUAUCAAGGAUCUGUUCCACACCGAAAACAUGGUACUCGAAGCCAUCGAUUGGAAGGCAGAGGGCGAAGUCACGGUCGUUGACCUCGGUGGUUCAGCUGGUCACGACGAUGCUGUUCUUGCAACCAAGUUCCCUAACCUCAAGAUCGUAGUCCAAGAUCUCCCCGAAGUCGCCCCAGUCUUUGAAAAAGAAUUCCCAUCCGAAUUAAGAUCGCGCGUCUCGUUUCUUACACACAACCUUUUCGAUCCACAGCCUGUACAAGCGGAUAUUUACAUGCUCAAGUGGAUCUUACACGACUGGCCGGACGUUGAGUCAGUGAAGAUAUUGCAAGCACUCCGGCCCGCACUCCGGCCCGGUGCCCGCGUUCUUUUCAUCGAUUAUGUGGGCAAGCAGGAGCCGAGCAACGAGGAGCUGCCAAGGAGUAUACAGGGCUUUGGUACAGCCACUGAUCUGAGGAUGAUGGCAUUAUUUAACGCGAAGGAGAGGCCAGUAGAGGCGUGGAAGGACAUCUUCAAGCAGGCUGAUGAGAGAUACGAUGUUGUUAGAGUUGAAGCUGAUCCGUUGAGCUUCAUGUGCGUGCUUGAGGCUGUGUGGAGGGGCUAG